AUGCAAAUGAUAUCGACAAACAGUAACACAUCUUCUUCAAAUAAUAACAAUAUAUUAAAAUAUAUUUGUUCAUAUAUAAAAUAUAAAUUUAAUAAUCUAUUUGCCCAUGGUUUAAUUUUUAUUAUUCCAUUAUUAACUAUUAUAAGUGUAUUUAUUAUAUUAAUAUUUAGUGUAAUUUAUUAUUAUACUGAAAAAACAGAUAAUUAUGAAGGUGCAUUAUGGCAAACAUUUACACGUAUACUUGAUCCAUGUGUUGCAGCAGACGAUGAAGGUUUAAAAAAUCGAAUUACAUCUGGAAUUGUUAUACUUUGUGGCCUUGUUAUUAUUGCAAUAUUAAUUGGUGCAAUUGUAACUUUUAUGGAUGAAAAAUUAAAUGAAUUAAAGAAAGGACGUACAACAGUUGUUGAAAGGAAUCAUACAAUAAUUUUAGGAUGGUCACCAAAAAUAUUUGAUAUUAUUAAAGAAUUAAUUAUUGCAAAUGAAAAUCAACGUAAUCCUUCAAUUGUUAUUUUGACAUCAAAAGAUAAUAGUGAAGUUCAAUAUAUGAUUAAGGAUAAAGUAAAUAAUUCAAGAAAUACAAGAAUUAUUUAUAGAAAUGGUGAUCCUAUGUCGAUUAAUAAUUUGAAAAAAUUGAGUCUUAAUCAAGCACGAUCAAUAAUUAUACUGGCACCGGUAAUAAACAAUCCUGAUGUUAGAGUAAUAAAAACAAUAUUAGCAAUUAGAAAUAGUCCACGACGAAAUAACAUUAAUUUUCAUAUUGUAGCCGAAAUAAAAGAACGAAUCAAUUUAGAAGCGGCAAUGAUUGCAGGCGGAGAUGAAGCAUUAUUUGUCUAUGCUGAUGAAAUAAUUGCACGUAUUAUAGCUCAAUCAUGUCGACAAAGUGAUUUAAGUGUAAUAUUAACGAUUUUAUUAUAA